AUGAAGGCACGAGGACAACGUGCGAAGUUGGCAUGUGCCAAUUGGGCUGGCCACCUCCAACCAAUGAUUCCUGAGGGUCUUGACAAAAGGCCCUUGAAGGAUAUCAUUGGUGAGAUUGUGGAGCACAAGUUUAGCGUGUGCGUCUCACCUACGCAAUCUACAUGUGGACACGUUAUGUCCACGACAAUGUCAAUGCCACGUUUACCUCUUUGGAUGUACCAGAAUGUGAAAGUGUUACUUGAUAACCACGUGAGUGAGCCAAAGUGGUGUUGUAAUGACGAUGAUGAGAACGGUUUCUUCCAUGAUAGACAUUUUAAUCCUCAAGAAUGGGUGUAUGGCCUUACUCGGCAGCCAAACACUUUAAUGGAAACCAUGUUGUAUAGUAAACCAUUGAAGAUAGAUUUGGGUAAGAAAAUGGUGUUUGAGACACAUUUGUAUUCAUGGUCUGGAAUUGGAACACCGAAAUUGAGAGAGAUAUGGACAAAGCAACCGAGUGAAUAG